AUGUCCGAGAGCCACCACGACAAUGCCUUUCAAGAGCGCAAGCGCAAGCUGUCGGUAUGGGUUAAGAGAAUAAUACAACCGAACAGGGAACAGGCACAAACACAGCAGCACCAGCGAACGCAGCGCCAGGAGCGGCGCCGACCACAGCAAUUUGCGGUGGCGCACUCGAAACCUCACUCUAAAAGGAGAUCAGUAAAAGGCGGUUUGGCAUCCGCAGAACUGACCACUCCCCAGGCAAAGCGCGAGCCGCUGGCGCGAUCCGUGGCGUGGGGCGAUCCGAUCUACAAAGAAGCUAUCCCGCACCUGCCUCGCCUGGAAUUUGACCAUAUACAAGACAACGCGAGCACCGCUCCGCUUGUGUCACAUUGCUCGUCCUCCGCAAAGUCUUCGGUGUUCUCGGACGUCACUUCGCUGCAGUCCACCCGUGCUACUGUAUCGUCAAGCAAGACCUUCGACACCAAUGCCAGCACCGUCGGAAUCCCGUCGGCCAGCAUUUUGGAUCGUGCCAGACACACUAACCCAGCGCAGGGCGCCCCCUCGGUUUUUAGUGCUGCCACGACCCAGCACACAACUUAA